AUGGCCAUAUUAUCACCAGCAGUCUUAUUCGUUGUCAGUCUGUUGGCGACAUCGUACCUCUGGUUCCGUAGACGACAAGACUCGAAUUUACCUCCGGGACCGCCUCGUCUGCCCAUUCUCGGCAACUUACACCAGGCUCCUAAAGAAGCAGUCUGGGUUACAUACCAGAAAUGGGUGGAGCAGUAUGGUCCUCUUGUGUACCUCAAUUUCGGCGGCACGAAUGUGAUAUUGAUUGGAGACCAUGAGGUGGCCAAAGAUCUGCUUGACAAGAAGGCAAUGAUCUACAGUAGUCGGCCACGCAUGGUUAUGGCACAAGAGUUGACGUGCAAGAGCAAGCACAUAAUGUUCAAGCCAUUCGAUGGUGACUUUCUCUUGCACCAACGACUAGAAGCUCCUGUGCUCAGCCCGCGUGCGUCAGCCUGUUACACGGCGAUUCAGGACCUAGAGAGCAAACAGCUCUUGAAAAACCUUCUUCAAUCAAACGACUUCCCCAAGGAGUUCGAGCGUUUUGCGGCGAGCAUCGUAUAUUCCAUCACCUUCGGCAUGCGCAUCAUCACCGGCGACGAAUGGCAACUUCAAACCAGUCACGAGUGUCUUAAGAACUUCACUAUCGCCGGUCAGGUCGGCGCAUGGAUAGUCGAUCUCUUCCCGUCCCUCAACAGCCUCCCAGCACCAUUGACACCAUGGAAGAAAACUGCUGAGGCGUGGUACCAGAUGUGGGAAAAUCUCCACAUGGCCAACAUGGAAGACGCCCUUAAGCAGAGUUGCUAUCAGUCAAUCAGUCAGUUGUCAGUUCAUCUUUGCGGUUCAAACUGUCAGUCUGGAGGUAGUGAACUGACCUGA